AUGGCGCUACCAGAGUCUCCGCGUUGGCAUCUUCUCAAAGCGCGGCGCCUCGAGAGACGUCCACAGCCUGAUUCAUUAAGAAUUGAGCGACACUAUGAAGCUGCCUUCCACGCACUAAGACAGCUCCGUCAAACUAAGCUUCAAGCAGCGAGAGACCUGUUUCUUAUUGACGCCUGGCUUCGCAUGGAAGAGAUAAGUGAGGAGUCAUAUAACCCGGAAGCAAACAGAGACAGAGGGUUUUCACGGCUACCGUGGAGACCUUGGCGGGAAAAUAUUUUAGAGCUCUUCCGACAAGCCCGAUGUCGUCGAGCAAUAACAGCGGGAUUAAUUGUCAUGUCAUUACAGCAGUUGUGUGGGGUAAACGUACUCGCAUAUUAUUCCAGCUCAGUCUUCUGGGAUUCGUUGGAUAAAGCUACCGUUGGCAAGGAUAACACCGCUCUCAGUGUACGUACAGCUGUGGACACAAGAGCGCACUCCCGCUCACGUAUCAACAGAGUCGGUCUUCUCACUGGUAUAUAUUGGGGUUUGAAUUCCUUGAUGGCUUUGACUUGGCCUCCAAUGCAGGCUAGAUGGGGUUACGAGGGGAGCUUUGGCUUCUAUGCGAUCCUGAAUCUUAUUGGAUGGUUCUUAAUCAUCUUGUUCGUACUCGCUAUUCAGAGUCUGAGGCAGCUGACUGACCUUCCGGCUGAUAGCUUCGUGCCCGAGACUAGUCGAUACAAGUUGGAAGAGCUCGAUAGAGUCUUCAACUUUAGUACCAAGCAGAUCAUGGAAAAAGGCAAAGCUCAAGUCAUAUGGUUAGUAUCUGGGGGCUGGUUCAAACGGAAGCCUUAUCCCGAACUUGUCCAUCGCUCCGCGGAUAGAGACUCAAACGGUGGUUACGAACUUGAUGACUUUGAUGUUGAAUCUGAUGGGGGCAUUGGAAGCGACAACGAUGAUACAAUCAGACUUGCCAACAGCGGGUCUAGAUCUUCUGCACGACAUCGACGACACCCAGUUUCUCAUGAGAAUUAG